AUGCAGCAGAUGGUCCAGCUGGCUAAGAUAAAAGCCACAGCUGUCUGGACAUGUACUGUAGUCAUCUCCCUGCUGGUUGUAUGCUGUCAUACACAGAAGCUCAACGUCCACUGGGGUCCUCAGUCCAUGAUGUACCUGAAGGGGAAACAUGGCAGGAGGUUUGUCUCAGAGGAGGACGGCAGUGUCCUGAAGCAGGGUCUGCAGGGCUGGUAUGCAGUUCUCAGAGGCAUUCAGAGGCUGCAGUCACUGGACAUCAGUAAACCCAGUCACAUCGUGAGCUCAGAGAAAGUCCUGAUCCACUACCUCCAGGAAAGAUGAGAGCGUCUGCACACCAACACUUCACACACACUUGAGUUCAUCACAAUCAGGCUCCAGUUUCUAUUGAAUGCGACAGGCAGAGACACAAGAGGUGCUACGACCCGCCCAUCAGCAGUUUUACAUGAAUACUUUCUGUGUUUCUACAGAGAGUGAAGGAUUGUUUAUUGUUUUACAGUUUCCUCUGUGAGUUGUUACGUUUUUUUCUUUGUAUUUUUAACUCAUGAAUAAUCUGUGUGUGCGCGCUUUGUACAGAUUCCAGGUUGCUGUAUAUAAAACUGAACAGAAUGAGACAAAAUGUUCUGAAUAAAUGAUGAACAUGGUCUUUACAUCUCUGUUGUCUCUGUCUGUCUGGCUGCAGUGUGUCAGUGUGUCCACCAGAGAGCAGCAGUAGAUAACAUGAAACCUGUCCACACAGAACUGAACUCUUAGUUAACUAUGGAAGGCCAUCUGAAUCAUUACUAGAUAAAUAAAUAAAUACAGAGCUGUG